AUGGAGGUUGGACCGGGUCGCGGUACGCUGAUGGACGACAUUCUGCGUACGAUAAAAAAGUAUCCCAUGGCGGAUGCCAUUGACGCCAUCUACAUGGUGGAGGCUAGCAGUCAUCUAAGAAAAGUUCAAAAGAACCUUCUGUGCGGAGCUGAUGCACAGGUCUCCGAGUCCAAGGUGGGCUGCCACAGCAUCUGCAAGCACACCGAGAUCCCCAUCGUCUGGACCCCGACGAUUGAAUCUAUCCCCAAAGACCCGAAAAAGAUGCCGUUCAUAGUAGCGCACGAGUUCUUUGAUGCUCUACCUAUACACGCCUUCCAAGCCGUCGAGGUCCGUCCAAACCAAGACACCGCCAAACAAACGGUGAACGGCUCUUCCGAAACCCCGAGCACGGGCACCACUACGCCUCCGCCAACGAACGGAAAUGGAAAGCCUAGCAUCCAGUGGAGAGAGAUGCUGGUCUCUCCAGUCCCGGGCCAGCCCAAGAUUGACCAGCCCACCCCAGAACCCGAAUUCCAGAUGUCUCUUGCCAAGUAUCCCACACGCCAUUCCCGAUACCUCCCCGAUUCCCACCCCCGCUUCCGCAAUCUCAAGAACAUCCCCAACGCCAUCGUCGAGAUUUGCCCCGACGCCUCACUGUUCGCUGCCGACUUUGCCGCAAGGAUAGGUGGUUCCGCAAAACACCCAAAGUCCGUACCUUCCGGCGCCGCUCUAAUCUUGGACUAUGGUACGACCGACACUGUUCCCAUCAAUUCUCUCCGUGGCAUCCGCCAGCACCGCCACGUGAGCCCAUUCUCGGAGCCAGGCUUGGUAGAUCUUAGCGUAGAUGUAGAUUUUACCGCCGUCGCCGACUCCGCCAUCCAAGCCAGUAAGGGCGUAGAGGUACAUGGUCCCGUAGAUCAAUCCGAGUUUCUCAUCCGAAUGGCCAUCCGAGAGAGGGCGGAGCAGCUCAUGCGGACCGCCAGCCCGGAGCGCGCACGCGACAUUGAAAAGUCGUAUAAGCGUCUCGUUGACCGCGGCCCUAGCGGCAUGGGGAAGAUCUACAAGGCGUUGGCCAUCCUGCCGGAGAACGGGGGCACAGGGCACCGGUUGGAUUCGGAGGAGACGUCUCCGGUUAGCGUGCCCUCAAAAGCCCGAAGCCAAAGCAUGACGAAAGAGAAUUACUGGUCGGCUUCUCACCAAGCCAUGCCAGUACAGCUUGAAGAGCCUAUCACGAAUAAGGGGCCCGACCCGGACCUUGAUUUCUAA